UCUAGGGCUUGCUGCUGAAAAGCCCGCUGGAUCUUCCACUGACCUGCUGUUCUUUCCUGCUUUCCUCUUGCGUUUUUUUUUCCACAUUUAGAUUAAAAACAAAGCUCUCACUCUCUUCUCUCCCCUCCCUCCUCCUCCUCCUCCUCCUUCUUUUUUCUACUGCAGCAGUCAAGGCUUCAGUGUCAGAGAGGGUGAAGAGGAGGAAAAAGCAGGGAAGAGGACUAUUUGGUUGAGCUGAGUGAGUGUUUAUGUUUGUAUGUUUCACCAGCGGACUGCAGGGUGAAGGGGCGCGAAGAGGAAAAGCGAGAGAGUAGGAACAGGAGGAAGGGGAAUGAGAUGUAGAAGAGGGGAGCCUGCCCGGACGAAAUUCUGUGUCAUGUCACUACGCGUGGACUUUGACUGAGCACAAGCUGAAGAAAAGGGGGCAGACACCGUGAGGAAGAAGAGGAGGAGGUGGGGAGGAGAAACUGUGACUUGGGAUUCACUAAGUAAAGAGGAAGGAGGAGGAAUUUGCGUUGAAAGAAAAAGACGGAGAGCAGCGGAGGGAAGAGUGAAGGCUGCUUUUCUGAACCCAGCUAAGGAGCAGAGACGGGACUUGCUAAGUGUGAGAAAGAGAGUGUGUGUGGGCUUGUGUGUGUGUGUGUGUGGUUCGUGUGCACGGGUGUGUGUGACAGUGUAACCGGUGGAGGGCAGAGGAGUGGAGGGCCAGGGGACUAACCUGGCCAUCAAACGGACUGGAAGCCUCUCCUCUCCAGGGAUCAUGUACCCUCAGGGUAGGCAUCCGGUCCCCUUGCAGCCUGGCCAGUCUUUCAAGUUCACAGUCCUGGAAACUCUGGACCGUAUUAAGGAGGAGUUCCAGUUCCUCCAGGCUCAAUAUCACAGCCUGAAACUGGAGUGUGAGAAGCUGGCCAGUGAAAAGACGGAGAUGCAGAGGCACUACAUCAUGUACUAUGAAAUGUCCUAUGGCCUCAAUAUUGAGAUGCACAAACAGGCGGAGAUUGUCAAGCGUCUCAGUGCCAUCUGUGCUCAGAUCAUCCCUUUCCUCUCUCAGGAGCACCAGCAACAGGUGGUCCAAGCAGUGGAGAGAGCCAAGCAGGUCACCAUGGCUGAACUCAAUGCCAUCAUCGGGCAGCAGCAGCUCCAGCACCUGUCUCACCACACCCCGGGCAUCCCCCUGACCCCGCACCCAUCAGGCCUGUCGUUGGGUGCAGGGGGUUCAGGGCUGCUGGCGCUGACCGGGGCUCUGGGGGUCUCGGCCCACCUCGCCUCCAAAGAUGAGCGGAACCAUCUUGACCCUGAACAUCUGAGAGAGGGAGCUCCCAGCAGGAGUAAGUCAGUGUCAUCAACAGACAGUCAGCCCACUGAGGACCGUCAGGGCCCGUCGGGGGGAUACUCCUCCUCACAGGGAGGAGCUGAAGCCAAGAGGAGGCGCUGUGAUGAGAAAGAGACCCUCCCGCCACACUCCUACGACAGUGAUGGAGACAAGAGUGAAGACAAUCUUGUAGUGGACGUCUCCAACGAGGAGCCCAAUUCUCCUGCUGGCAGCCCCCCUCACUCACCUCAUGGGAACGGGCUUGACCGGGCACCCACCUUAAGGAAAGAGCUCCCAGGUUCCUCCAGCACCGGGGACGCGGCUUCCACACCCAACCCUCGCAGUCCCACACCAGGGAAGGCCAAGGACCCUGCACAAAUGGAUAAGUCUCAGUCCCCAUUGUCCAAAUCCGGCACCCCAUCCCCAUCCCACCGUGAAGCUCUCACCCCGGGAGCUCCAGGUCCCAGUAACUCCUGCCUGCGCCUGGUCAGCAAAGCAGCAAGCAGUGCAGAUCCUCUUGCUCUCCGCAGCCCCUUGUCUGUGCCCCCCGGUUCAUACCCGGCUCAUUUUGGCGUGGUGUCCCAUGCAGGACUGAAUGGUGAGCUGGCCAGCCCGGGAGGAUUCGGAGGAGCUCUAACUCUCUCUCCACAAAUCAGCGCGGCAGCCAGUGCCUACUCCCGCAGCCCCAUGGUGGCAUAUGACACCCGCUCUCACCUGAGGGCUCCAGGGCUUUCUUCCUCUCUCCCUGGUUCCUCUGGAGGCAAACCCGCCUACUCGUUCCAUGUGAGCGCAGACGGCCAGAUGCAGCCGGUCCCGUUCCCCCCUGACGCCCUGCUGGGUCCGGGAAUCCCGCGCCACGCUCGUCAGAUCCACACGCUGAACCACGGAGAGGUGGUGUGCGCCGUCACCAUCAGCACCUCCACGCGCCACGUCUACACCGGAGGCAAGGGCUGCGUCAAGGUGUGGGACAUCAGCCAACCGGGGAGCAAGAGCCCCAUGGCCCAGCUGGACUGUCUGAACCGGGAUAACUACAUCCGCUCCUGUAAAAUCCUCCCAGACGGGCGAACCCUGAUUGUGGGCGGGGAGGCCAGCACGCUGUCCAUCUGGGAUUUGGCCACGCCGACUCCGCGCAUCAAGGCGGAGCUGACGUCGUCGGCUCCCGCCUGCUACGCUCUGGCCAUCUCCCCCGACAACAAGGUCUGCUUCUCCUGCUGCAGCGACGGGAACAUCGUCGUCUGGGACCUUCACAACCAGACUCUAGUCAGGCAGUUCCAGGGUCACACAGACGGGGCGAGCUGCAUCGACAUCUCCAACGACGGCACCAAGCUGUGGACAGGAGGGCUGGACAACACGGUCCGCUGCUGGGACCUCCGAGAGGGACGGCAGCUGCAGCAGCAUGACUUCACCUCACAGAUCUUCUCUCUGGGCUACUGUCCGACAGGCGAGUGGCUGGCUGUGGGGAUGGAGAGCAGCAACGUGGAAGUCCUGCACGUGUCCAAACCUGACAAGUACCAGCUGCACCUCCACGAGAGCUGCGUCCUCUCCCUCAAGUUCGCCUACUGUGGAAAGUGGUUUGUGAGUACAGGAAAAGACAAUCUGCUGAAUGCAUGGAGGACACCGUAUGGAGCAAGUAUUUUCCAGUCCAAGGAGUCCUCGUCUGUGCUGAGCUGCGACGUCUCCCCGGACGACAAGUACAUAGUGACUGGCUCCGGAGACAAGAAGGCCACCGUGUACGAGGUGGUGUAUUGAAGGCCAGGAUGACUUGGGAGGAGAAAAAUGGAUUUUUUUCCCCCCUCUUUUUUUUUUUUUUUUUUCCUUAAAGGAAGGAGGCUACGGAGGACAGGCAAUUAUUUGCCCUGCCAACCACUUUUGAUCCUCAUUACAUCAGCAGCAGCGGCACCUCUGUCUCAGUUCUCUCGAGUCCUUCUGACCCUCGGCCCUAAAACUUAACCCCCCCCACCUGUUCUGCUGUGUAGCUGCUGCUGCGGAGGCUCCUGGAUGCCCCCCCAACUACCCCCCUCCCCUCCAUCUUUUAGCUCAAGGAAUGAGGCAUGACAGCCGAUAGAAAGGCAGAAUGGGAAACGGCAAGAUAAGAAGGACAAAGGAAGAGGGCGGUGGAGUGUAAAGAUAAAGCUGCGAGGAGAAGGAGGGGAAAGAUGAGUCGAGAAAGCGAGAGUGCGGAAGGAAGAGAAAUGGAAGAAGGGAAGGGGAGGAGGGAGGCCGGGUAAUUAGGGCUGUUUCCUGAUUAAGAGCUCAGCGAAAGGGAGGCCCCCAGAGGAGGCGUGGAACGGCACUGUGGGAGUGCCAGCCAGGAGCACUGAUACCACACAAUCGAUUCAUUAGCCAGACAGUGGAGGCCUUAAUGAGGCUGACGCCGCAGCUCCAUCUCCCCAGCGAGAGGUGUCAGGAGCUGGGGAACGGUGGCGCUCCGAGAUGGAAAAGGAGGGCCGCUCUCAGAUUUCCACGUUCACCCGAAACCUGCUCGGAGACGCAAACGCAUAAGCCGCAUGUCACAGGGCAAGAACACGCACACUCCGUUACAUCCCCUGGAGGUGAACGUACGAGGGGAGGGGAAAAAACACACAACGCAUCGAGCACCCAAUUAAACAUUCAUCGCAGCGCCUCCCGUCUCAGUGCUUAAUAUCUAUUUUAUUUUGGUCUGACAAAGGCAGCGUCUAAUGAGCAGCGGAGUGGUUGGGAUCCUCCCAGGGCCCCGCAGACACAAACACAGAACAUCAGGCGAGCUGUUGGUUCUAAUUCCUCUGGAUUGUUCUCCUGACACUCCGCCGCUCUCACUCUCAUUAAAGGCACUUUGAGCUGGAUGAAGUAGUGCCAUACCGGUCUCACUGUAAGGCUGACAGGCAUUUAUAGAUCAAUAUGCUGCGCUUAUACGAUUAUCAGUGGCCAAAUAAGCAAAAACUAAUCUGAUUACUUUCAAAUUUCAUGCAACCUGUUAUUUUAUUUCUUUCCUCCAGCCAGGCUUCAACGCCGUCUCUACCUGCCUGCAGCCUCGGUAGAUAAGCUUGACUUUUAUAUUGUUUUAAAAUAAAUUAUGAUUUUUCUUGCCAAGAUUUCUAACAUGAAGAUCUGUCCUGUUUUCUUGUCUGCAAGCCAAGUGUGAAUUAGCUAAAGCCACAGGCUGAAAACUACCAGCCUUAUUCUGAGUGCCGGAAAAGCAUCCUGAAGGUGGAAAAAGUGUGGAAAUUAAUUAAGUAAAUAAAAAAACUAAAUAAUUGAUCUCAAUCUGGAAUAUUUAAACCCAGUAGGCCGUUAAAUCCAGGUUUUGCUUUUGAACAGAUGCAGCUUUAAAGCACAGUCGACCAGCAGUUAACAUCCUUUUUCAUUAUGUGCAAUCAGUAAGUCGCCAUUACAAAUGUGAGCGUUCGCAACGUUUUCCCCAAACUGUUCACGAAAGAACAGCAAUGAAUGAAAGAAACUGAAAGAAAGUGUCUGACACUUUAAAAUAUUUGCCUUUGAAUCCUCCUUGUAUCAUAUCCCAGACCGCAGUCAAACUGUAUAUCAGAGCUCCCUGUUUCUGUAAAGCAUGUGUCACAAGUUUAGACCCAAAAGGCUCAUUUCAGUCAUUUUUGUUACUCAAUAAGGUCAGUAUUUUUUAUGACUAGUGGUUGCUUGUCUGUAACAUGUUUUUGUCUUGGGGUUGCCUAUGAGGACUUUUGUGUUCACACACAGAAAAUCAGGGGAGCACAGGUCAGAAUACUUUUUUGUCACUUUUUUUUCAUUAUUUAAUCAGUGUAUAUAUAUAUAUAUAUAUAUAUAUAUAUAUAUAUAUAUAUAUAUAUAUAUAUAUAUAUAUAUAUAUAUAUAUAUAUAUAUAUAUAUAUAAAUAUCUUUGGUGGUGGGUGUCAGCCAGAGAGUGCACAGCAUCAGCAAUCCUCUGUAAAGUUAAAACAAAAAGAAAGAAAAAAAAAAUCAGACCCUCUGUAUAGCAGUUUGUUUUUUGUACUUUUUAAUUUCCCUUUACAAAAGUGCUAGUAAGCAUACUUUAGUCUGUUUUUCAGUCCUUAUUGUGAAAUAUUAAACUCUUAUUUCUGUUGAGUCUAAAUAAGCCGGCAUCGGCUGCUUUGGAUUUAUCCGUCGAGGAGGUUCCACGUCUACUGCAUGCUCGUUGCACUACAGCUCCAGUGCUGACAGAAAUCAGUCGGACUUUAUUUGGUGGUAAAGGUGAACAGUGUCAAAGCCACCAUUUAG